UACUCCUUACUCGUACUAUCCAUCGAUGUUCUAUUGAUCCUGGGUUACGCCGUCUGAUAAAUCCACUUAGAGUUGCCAUUUCUGAAACCCUUUUCCGCGCAUCUGAGAAUCUAUGGGCGUGUCUCCAAAGCCUUUGAAGACUUAAGCAGGUAUGAAUAGAUAGACUACUCGGUGAAAGAUCUUGGUCGCAUUUGUUCCUUUGAUUUUGAUUCCAGAUUGAAACUUUUGGGUCUCCAUAAAUCUGAUGAUUCUCCAUGAAACAUGUUCCUUGUUCUUUUGAUACCUGAAAGGGCAAUAGAGCAUCUUGAAUGUCCGUUGAGUACUUGAGUCAUAAUGAUAUACGUAGUACUUAAUAAUUAGUUUUGAACAUUUUGCAGAGGGAUUGCUUGGGUAUUUUAGGGGUUCUUAGAACUUCUAUCUUAUUGAUCAUUGCCUCUGUAUCUGAAAAGCUAGUGGACAGUUUAUUCUAUUUAAAUCUUGAUUGCUUAAGUAGUUCAAAAAGAGGGGGAAAGACGCUAACUUUAUGAUUGUUAAAGUACGAUUUGAAGGUGAAUGUGUUAUUGCUGCUAAGGAGAACGAGAGAGUUGUUUAUUGAAGUUCUGAAGAUUCAAAUCCAUCUUUUCUUUCUUCUUUGGGACAAAAGGAAAAAGAAAGAUGGUUUCACCUAAAAAAGGCAUUUGUUAUUGCUCUGUAUCAAAGGGAGGUCGAAUUUUGUACACAUAUAACAACGACGGAGACCUCGAGAUCGAGAACUUAGCUACACAAUGCUUAGAGAAGGUGCCACCUCAUCACCAAUGGUAUUUCCAGACAAUGGGUAAAAAGACUUUCUGUUUCUUGAUUGAAGAAGGCGGCUAUGUCUAUUUCGCAAUUGCACAAGACACUCUCGGAAAUGCUGAAGCUCUUCGGUUUCUUCAAAAUCUUAGAAGCGAAUUUGAAAAGUGUGCAAGAAGGGGUAGUUCUGGAAGAAGCAUGUCAAGUCUUAGCUCCAUAAGUACACUCCAAGAACAACUAGUACCGGUAAUUAGGAAUUUGAUCACCUCACUAGAGAAUGUCUCAAGUGGGGACACUAGGUGGCCCACUAUGCCCAAUCAAGACCACUUGGUGGUGCCCACAACUUCAUUCCCUAAUGCAAACGGGCAAAUGGAAGGAGGUCCUUCUUCAACAAGAGCCCCAUUGUUGAGCAAGUAUGCCAUUAAGAAGAAUAAGAAUAAGAAGGAGCAUGUGGUUGUUGGAGUGAAGGGUAUCGAGAUGGAGGAGCAUAGGAAGUCUACAGAAAGAGUUGACUCUGAAGCAUUGGGAGUAUCUCCCGUGUUAUUACAACGGGAGUUUGGGUCGGGAAGGAUGAUGAGGGGAAGCAAUCACCACCACAACUUUCAAAAGAAAUGGUGUCGUUUUGUUCGGAUUAUUCUCGCCGUGGAUGGUGCAAUUUGUCUUGUCCUCCUUGUUAUAUGGCUAGUCCUAUGUGAAGGAACAAAGUGCAUUAGUUGAAGCAAGUUACAAAAAGUAUUACAACACAGACCCUUGUCAGGAUGGAUCCCUUUUCUCAACACCUCAUAUCACACUUCAUCAAUGAUGGAAGACCGAUCGAUUUCUUGAUGAUUGAAAGAUGGAAGACCAAUCCACAUAUCUUGUUAUUUUCAUUAGGCUCCUUCAGCCAUACAGAAAUAACAGCGCGCAGGGGGGGGGGGGGGGGUUAAGAUAUGGAAGAUUUGCUGGUUAUUUAUUGAGAGAAAGAGCAGAGGCCAGAGGGGAGGGGGAGGAAGACUUGCUGGUUAUUUGUGGAAACUUGUAAGCGUUUGGUAAAUGCAGACGGACCAGUUAUCUUGCUGUAACCCAAACUUAAAAUGCUUAUCUUUUUUCUUUGCCAAUGUCUUUUUCUUCUUUAAACAAAUGUGUGCAUCAAUAUCACUUUGAGAUGGUGAGAGUUCCAUUCUGAUCUUGGUGUAAUUCAUCAUUGUCUCUUAAACAUAACAUUUUAAAUCUACCUAUUUUAAACAGAUGGGUGCAUUAUUGUCUUUAAA